GUUACUUUAUUCUGUUGUAUAGCAUUCUUCAGUAAACAAAUAUGAAUAAAUACAAGAAAAUGGAGAUUCUUGGUUCCGGUUCAUUCGGCAUAGCUUGGCUGGUAAAAAAUAAUAAACGUGAGAAGUGUGUUAUAAAAGAAGUUUCAAUGCCAGUAUUAAAAGUAAAGGAUAAAGAAGCAGCAAUUAACGAAGUGAAAAUCUUGUCUACGUUGCGUCAUAAAAACAUAGUAAGGUAUAAAGAAGCAUUCAUUCACGAAAAGAAUCUGUGCAUUUGUAUGGAGUAUGCAGAUGAUGGUGACUUAGCUUCAAAGAUUAAGCAACAGGCUGGAAAGCUGUUUCUUGAGUUGAAGGUGAUUGAUUGGUUUGUUCAAAUCUUGAUCGCUGUUAAGUACAUCCAUGGCCUUCACAUCCUACACCGAGAUUUAAAAUCUCAAAACAUCUUUCUUACGUCGUCUGGUUUAGUGAAAGUUGGAGACUUUGGUAUAUCACGUUUUCUCGAUUCUGGCUUGCAACAAGCUCGCACAGCGAUUGGAACGCCUUAUUAUCUGUCGCCAGAAAUCUGUCAACAAAAACCUUACAAUCACAAGAGUGACAUGUGGAGUUUAGGUGUGCUACUGUAUGAACUAGCUACGUUAAAACAUCCCUUCAUGGCUGAUGAUUUUUCCUGUCUUGUCGUUAAAAUCAUUAAAGGAAAGUAUAAGCCUUUGUCGAAUGUGUACGGCCCACUCGUUCAGGAUUUGGUUUUAGUAUUGCUUCAAGUACGCCCUGAAGACCGCCCAUCCGCCGCGCAGUUGUUAAAAGUACCUUUGCUGCAACCACACGUCAAAAGUUAUCUAAUGAAGGUGAAACAUAAAGAAGAACCGGUUAUCUUCGACUCGGGUAUAUUUCUGAACAGUGAUGAAGAGAAAGGAAGGCGUAAAAGUAGUCCCGAAACAUCUUACACUGAAUCCGAUAAAAGCGGGGAAUCGAAGUCGGGUAAGAAUGGAGAAAUAGAACGCUCGUCGCCUCUAAAUGACUCUAGUAAAAAUAAGAAGAGAUUGUCUAACAGCUCCGACAAUUCUACAAGUGGCAGUUCGUUUGAGAAAUCUGCUCUGUGCAGCAACAACAAAGCUAAACUGGUUAAAGAGGCAAGGCAUUUGAACAUCUGGAAAAACAAGUUAAAAUCACCCACCCAGUCAAUUGACGCCCGAACGGAAGAGACGAGAGAAGGAGUAACACCUCCCAAGAACAAGCCUUCCAAGGUUAACUUCAUAGAACGAAAUAAAUGUCUCGCUGCUACACCAGCAGGCGGUAGAAUGACGCAGACUAGAUUGACGCGAGUGAGACGAUUAAACACCACUCCUUCCUCGUCUCCCAAUAACGCCGGAAACCAGACUACCAAUCGAUACAAUCUACGAUCAAAGGCCAAGUCUAAUGAGCAACGAAUACCUCUGUUGGCGGCAAGAAUGAAACAAUUGUCUGAAAAUACGACCGUUUCUGGUGAAGUUAAAGCAGAAAGUGCUUCAAUUACUACUCUCGAGCCACCUCCAACGGCAGCCCUUGACCCAAACAUUAAAUUUCCGAAUGUUCGCAAGCGCGCUUCUAGUUUGAUGAAUGCAGUCGCAAGAAGUCAAAUUGUUCCGUGUAAACUGUCGCGACGAACGAUGAGUUGUAACAAUCAGUUACCGCUGAUACCGUCGGCUGAAGAAACCUUGGUGAACACUGCUAGUCAGACACAAAGAAGACGACGCUCUGUGGAUGUCCCCAAUUCUAAGCGAAAUGUAAUCGCCAGACCGUCGAUUCUAAGGAGCCGGACAGACUUAGCAAGAAAUGAAGCGCCGGAGAAAACCACGAUUAAGAGAAAGUACCGUAGGUCUUCGGUGGGUCUCCCUUCACAAUGUAACGUGCCAAAGCACGUUCAAACGAAGAUAGCAGGUCGUUUACGUGCAGCCAGUGUUGCGUGUGAUAAUCUACAACUUAAAAGUCCGGAAGAAAAGAAGGAGAGUGAAGAUGAACAGUUCACGUUCGAAGUUUCUACAGCUCCCCUACAUAGCACCAUGAUUGAUUAUGAUAGUAACGUUGAUGGAAUAUCUAAUAUAAUACCGAACGGGAUCAAAGUGGAGUCAGAUAACGAACAGAACACGACAAAGGGGAUGUCUAAAACUUUAAAAGAAGACACCAUUCUUCGGCGACCGUUAAAUAAAAAGCACGCUAGUACGUACACUGUUAUUCAACCUCUCAAUAAAGGUGUACUGCGUUCUCAUCUUUGCAAAAAAAUCGGGGCCGAGAAACUAGAAUCGUCAAUGGAAUUGGCUCGCAAAAUCAAACUUUCUGCGAACGAUGUUGACGUUUUGAAACGAGUUAGCGAGGCACUUGGUAAUGAACAUCGAGACAUGUUGCCAUCUCUUUUCGAAUUGGCACACUUUGAGAGGGACCAGAUGAAUUGAUUUUUUUUAUAUGAAAUGAAGUUUUUUUUUAUAGCGUAUUUAUUUUUAUUGAUUUCGUUUAUCGUUAGUAGUUUAUAAGUAAGUCUUUCAUGUAUGCUGACGUACAACAAAUAAGUGCGUUUCGAAACUUUAAACGAAGCUGGGCAAUGUAAACAUUCACCUACGACACGCGAAUGACUCCCUCCCUCAUACGAUUUACGCCCUUCCCCCGCGAAACUGAAAAUUGAUUACCUUUCCCAAAUGAAAUUGCAAGCAAUUCCGUAAAGCUGGCUUUCGAUGAUAGGUUGUUUUUGUAGUAUUUUACCAGUGGGGUGCAGGAUAACUGAGACAACA